AUGGCGUUGACAUUCACAGUUCCCAAUGACUACGGUAACGUCGCUGCCGUCGCCCUAGGUGCAAUUCCCUUCCUUGCUUUUGCUCACGGCGUUAUCACGACGGGCUGCCGUAAGCGUGCCGGAGUACAGUACCCUCAUGCCUACGCCACCCCGGAGCAGUGCGCUAAAAAUCCUGAUGCUCACAAGUUUAACUGCGCCCAACGCGCUCAUGCAAACUAUCUCGAAAACAUGCCCCAGACCAUGAUAUCCAUUCUCGUUGCCGGUCUUACCCACCCACGCCUGGCUACGGUUCUAGGUUCCACAUGGGUAGCUCUGCGAGCACUAUAUCUUGCCGGCUAUGUCUACUCUGGACAAAAGAAGGGUAACGGGCGACUUUUGGGUGCUCCAUUCUGGCUUGUGCAGGGUGCACUCUGGGGUCUCAGUGUCUUUGGCAUGGGUUUUCCAGGAUACGAUUUUUACAAUUAG